CUAAAGUACACCAUCACAAUACCGCUCUUUCCGCACUUGUGGGCUCAUUUACAUCGCUCACGUCUUCAUAGAUGUCGUCCCUUUGCCUGCUCCUCUUCUUGGCUCUUCGUUCUUCAUCUUCCGCUCCACUCCCUGGAGAGACCUACCAAAUGUCUCCAUAUUCUUAACAACGCAUCAUCACUCACUUCACCCUCUAUCCUAAGCUUCAUCCCUAUCCUAUUUGGCCUUGGCAUCCCUGGUUGUCUAUUUUUCCUUACCAGGGCUUCCUAACACCACUCCUAUUUCCUAAUCUUGAUAUCAACCACGAUAAAUUCCCCUUCGACACCCCGAGACACCGGGCUCCAAUGGAACCAGACCAACACCGUUCUGUAUAAGUUCGUUCCCCGGAAAACCACCAUGCCUACCUUCGAAAAGAGCCACAUUCGAGAUGCGAACCCAUACUUUGGGCCCAUCGAUCCGCCACCAUACCAACGUGCCCCCUCUCCGGAGAUGUCUAUCUCUAGUCCCAGGGGUAACAGUGCCUACCAGGAAGCACUGAGCAACUUCUCGCAUUCUCGUUACUCUUCGACGGAUCGAGACUCGAUUCCCAAGUAUGAGCAUCUCGACUCGGUGCCAAGUCCCAAUAUAACCAUCAAGUCAGGCAACAUGAGGUUCCUGAUUCCUCCGCGGCAACAUCCUUUCACUCCCACGGACACUACGCCUACGAGUUCUAGAGUCCCACGCAAGGCAAGCUCCCGAGUCACAUUCGAUCCUUCGCCCCAUGAUCUUGAGUCACCACCAGAGUCGUGUCGCGAUUACUUCUAUGGUGCGACGUACGAGGAAGAACCGCCCAGCCCUUCUUACAAUAAUCUCUACCCACUCAAAGAAUGGAUAGAAGUGAGCGAAACCCAUGAUCCCGCAGGGAGUGAUUUUGUCCACCAUACACUCCCCGAUGGUCAAGUGUCCCGAGGUUUGUCAGCUACUUCAGAUUAUCAUCAUCAGCAUGGCCACAGUUCGGAACCAAAAGUUCGAACGGUUACGGAGCUCGCGAAGUCCAACACAAACGACCCCACCGAGCGAAGGGGAGUGCCAAAGGUUGUUCCGUCGUCGGAUCUGGAGGGAAUGCUUGACUUGGCUACUUACAUUGCCUCGAGGAAUCCGAGUCCGAUGGACAAUGCACAAACUCAAGGGAUUGUUGCGGGCCAUCAUCUCGCGGCUACAACACGCCAUCAUGGGAAAAGCAACGUUUCCAACGUCAGUCCAGCCCGUCUGGGUUCCCUCCGUCACCAUAACUCAACCGACAGCCGAAUGAACAGACAUUCUGGCCAUUCCUUGACCCCAAGUAUGCAGCCAUACAACGACGGCGAUGGCUCAAGAGAUUUCAUGACUAAUCAGGCAGUAACGCCUCGCGGGUUCGCAAAACAUAGAUCAGCAUCCGAGCUUGUCGCAUACUGGGAGUCAAUACAAGGUGAUAACGAUGCCAACAAUGCCACGCCCGUGAACCAAGGCUUGCCACAACGACCUAGGGCUGAUAGUACGACCGUCUCUCCCAAUUUCAUGGGAAGCACGAAUCGUACCAUUCUCGGUAAAGCACCCGAAGAGAAGCUUUAUCCUGUAGCCGAACACAUCUCGACGCCAUCAGACGAUAAUUCAGACCCAGCGGCAACGUCAUCAGCCAUGGCAAACUUGAACCGCACAAAAGCCUGGCUGCGAGAUUUGAUCAAGCAACCGCAGCCUUACAAGACGAAGUUCACUGAGCUUCCGCGUAAGGAUUCAAUGCAUGAGCCUCUACUGGAUGACUACGACUCUACGGAUCCUCGAGCACUGCUAAGGAAAUCCACAGCCGGUGCCUCCAUAGACAUGAAAUUCCGGAGUACUGUCAAUAACCUGGAGAACCUUCUCAGUGAAGCAAUGGAGCUGGCAGCAGCAACAGCCCAGCGAGAAGUUGACCACCAGUGCCCAGACUAUUAUGAGCUUGACGAGCUCACGCACCGCGAUGUGCCAACACCUCCCGGCGUACACGAGAGCUUUCCCAGCGAGAUUGGGUCGAUGGUGAAUGAGGUUGGCGACUUUGACUACUGGACCGCUGUAGAAAGCGCCUUGGGAAUCCAGCCUAGCAAUGACAAUAACAGGCGCGAGCCGAAGCAUUACCGGUCAGGUCCAGGAAUGCGCAGUAGGAACGUGGCAGUCAAAAUUCCGGAGAGAAAAUCCAGUUUGAUGAAACCCCAGGUUAAAUCAAGCUUUUCGACUCUGGGUGGCCCUCGCUAUGAAGACCUAGGCGAAGAACCUCCGGCACAGGACCCGGCUCCAGGGCCAGCUGGUCUAAGGACUAAGCAGUCAUCAAGAUCGGUAAUCCCAGCUAGUCCACCCACCAGUACUGACUCACCGCCAAUGUCUGGGUGUCUGCCAAGGGUUGCCUCGAGACUCAGAAGCUACCGCAGCUUUGGCGCGAUACGGCCUCUACGCCGUGUCAGUUCGCUGCGACCGCAGGCUGAUGGUGCUAUGGAUACCCCUGGCGACGAAAGUGAUUCUACAAUCUUUCAAGGGCUCGAUGGGCCAGCCACAUCAACUUGGAAUCGUUCACAGCAAUCCCAAGCUGCCUCAUGGACUUACGGUGAUGAUUCAAGGGGUCUGGGGGAAGGAGAAUCAAGGGACACGCCAGAUACUCGGAUUGAUCUGCGUGGAAGGUCUCAUGUCAGCCUCCGUGGCUAUCAGGGGUUUAGCCUGGCACGAGCGUACCGUCGACAACCAGUAGCCCGAGACUGGUCUACUGCCCGUAAAAGGUUCGUUGCCGGAGUCGCAUGUCUGAGCACUGCGUUCAUCGGUAUGGUUAUCGGCAUCUAUGCUGGUCUUGUCCCGUCCAUCCAGUACUGGAUAGCUGAUCUCAAUCACUAUGCUAUCCUGGGUAAUGUCUUCUUCUACUUGGGCUUGGCCGUUCCCACCUUUUUCUUCUGGCCUUUACCGUUAUUGCACGGCCGGAAACCGUACAUCCUGUCAAGUUUGAUACUAGCGAUGCCUUUAUUGUUCCCCCAGGCUAUUGCCGUCAGCACAUGGCGGUCACCAUAUGUGAGCACUUGGAGAUGGGCUCUUCUAGGCUCACGCGGGUUCAUGGGGCUCACUCUUGGGUUUGCGAGUAUGAACUUCCACUCCAUGCUGACGGAUUUGUUUGGAGCCUCGCUCAUGAGCGGCAAUCCACAUCAGGAGGUAGUCGACAAGUUCGACGUACGCAGACACGGAGGCGGCAUGGGCGUUUGGCUGGGACUGUGGACGUGGUGCUUUACUGGCUCCAUUGGCAUCGGAUUCCUGAUCGGAGCAGCGAUCAUCAACAAUCUCAACCCAUCAUGGGGCUUCUACGUCAGCAUCAUGAUGAUAGCUGUCGUGCUUCUUCUAAAUGUUAUUUGCCCGGAAGUCCGACGCUCUCCUUUCAGACGAUCUGUGGCGGAGGUCAAGGACGGUAAACAGUUCACCUGGACGUCACAUCUUCUUCGCCGCGCCAUAUUUCUCACCCUUUUGCCUGUUCUAGGCAUGGCAUACACGGUGUCUUCAGCUGGAGGCCACAUACCGGUACCUGUUCCUGUCCUUUUUGCUACUCUGAUAGGCACCAUAUCCGCCCUGGCAGUAGCCGAAUGUAAUGGACUCAUCAUGGAGAAUUUCGACUGUUCGGACCUACUCCCGGGUAUGAUUGGCCGUCCCAGAGGCUAUUCGAACAAGCAACCCAAGCGCACGAACUACUCAUCACACCCGCGGAUAGCUGCUGGGUUUGCUGUCUGCCAUACCUUUGGCUUCCUUCUUGCGGCAUUAGCGACCGCUGUAGCCGGAACAGCACAGCGAAACCUAGGUCAGCGGGAGGCAACCGGUAUUGUAGCUGGUGUGCUGUUUCUACUGACUGUCCUUGUGCUUGCAGUCCUUGUUCGCUUCAAGGCAGUUGAAAUCAUUCCAAGCUCCAAGACGGUCGAGAUGGAGAAGUGGCAGAAGAUUCGUCGGGAAAGCAUUCGCAAAUCCAUCAUUGAGAUCAAGGCUGGGAGGCCCCUUCCAGUGACAAUGACGGAUGAGGAGAUUUGGCGCCCUCACCUUCCAGGAAACCCAUCCAGCCAAUUCCGAAGAGUCAACAUACUGGAGUUGGGUGCAAUGACGAGAUGGACCGAGAUCCGGAAGAAGAACAAGCUGAUUGACGAAUCGGCCGCACAUCUGAACCGGGCAGCGCUUGAGUCUGCGCGUAUGGCUGUUGAGGAUGCCACUGGAAUUGGAGCAAGGACUACAAACAUUAUCCGAAAAGUCAGCAGUCGCAGGGGAAGGAGAAAGCAGGGUCAACCCCAACGCACGAUGUACAAGCACCGAGGUGUGCCAUUUCAGCCGGAAGAAGCAGGCCCAAGUCGUGGUGAUACAGCGUCACCAAACAGGUUUGGUCUUUAUCGGUUUGAUGCUGAACCAACGAGGGCUGGUAAGCAAACACCUACUCUUACAGUGCCUCGUGAAUCGGAUGGUUUCUCCUUCAAAGCACAUUCUGACCUAGACACCGGGAGUGUGCUUGAGCGUCCUGUUCCUGAAGAGGAUGAGGACAUGGAUGACUUUGUCACUUCUUCGGAAGAGGAUGGGAACGACAGAAUUGAGUUGGAGGAAUUGGGACCCUUGGAGGGCCCCCCAAGCGGGCAUGCAAGGAAGAAGGUUUGAACGUUGUUGGUUCGGUCAGGCCGGGGGUUUGAGUUUGAUCGGGUAGGCCGGUUGCAAACAUUCCUUUAUCGCUCUCGAAUACGAAAAUCCUAAG